GUAGGCGCUCUCACGAGCGAACCGAGUAGUCGCUGGAAAUUACAAGUAAGCAAACCAAAAAAUUAAAUGUGCUUUUACAUCAACAAACGCUGGACGCGCAAUAAGUAAGACGUGAAUUAUGCGACGCCAGUGACACCCGAUCGACUCAUUUCACGGCUUGAAAUGAUGCACUCCGCUUGCACUCCGAUCUAAAAGAACAAAAGCGGCCAACUGUACUGUUGAUAAAAAGAAAAAAAAACAAUUAAUAAAGAAAAGAAUCACACAGCGACGAGGAAAAAAAGAAAGCGCCGCGAUGUGCGACGGUGAAAUUUGCGAGCCAGUGACUCAGACCACCGCUGCGCGCUCCGAGGGCGGAGCUGAGGAACAGGUGCGGAUGCACCGCUCCGAAACGACGGACAAGACACGUCCUCCGCCCACCCUACACCUCAAUGGAUCUCGUCCGGAUUCCCCGACCGGAAAAGGCGCCUCAACGCAUCCAGUGCAUGCGGUGGAUCCCCUGAAGGCGGCCCAUUGGCUGUUGGACGAUGUCAUCCAGUGGGCCAGCCAAACAGAGCACCUGUCGCAGAAUCUAAUGGAAUGCCUGCGAACGGAGGCCAUCGACGGUGAAGUUCUGCUCUCCCUCACCGAGGACGAUAUCCGGGAAUUUAGAUAUAAACUAGGCUACAAACUGACCUUCGGCGAGCUUAAGAAGUUCUGGCUGGCGGUCCUGAAGCUUCAGCUGUUGAUCAAGAACAGCGCCGUGGACUCUGUGAUGCUGGGCAUUGAGAGUCACGUGGGUAAUUCCAUCAACUUUAUGCCAGUGGCCGGAUCUGUGGUCGGUCCACCGUCCUCCACCUGCCCGUGCCCCCAGCCGGACUGUCCCAGUUAUGUGUCCGACUGCGAUACGUACCUGAGGACGGGAGGGCGUUAUGUUGCCCCCGAAUACUUCAAAACCGCCAUGAGUUUAGCCUACUCCUUCGUGGUCACCUGGAUAACGUCGUUCGUCAUGGUGAUUGUGCACGAACGCGUGCCGGACAUGAAGCGCUAUCCCCCGCUGCCGGAUAUCUUUCUGGACAACGUGCCCCACAUCCCGUGGGCGUUCAACAUGUGCGAAAUCACCGGAUCCCUAUUGUUCACCAUCUGGCUGGUCGUCCUAAUCUUCCACAAGUAUCGUAUGGUGCUGCUACGUCGAUUUUUUGCACUGGCCGGCACUGUUUUCCUGCUACGGUGCGUCACCAUGCUGAUCACAUCGCUGAGUGUGCCGGGCACCCAUCUGCAGUGCAGCCAGAAGGAUUUUGCCAUCGAUGAUCCGAACGUGGACCUGGUGGGUGCACUGAUCAUACGGAUGACACGGGCCUAUCGCAUCUGGAGCGGCCUGGGCAUGUCGAUCCAAGGAGUGCGCACCUGUGGCGACUACAUGUUCAGUGGCCACACGGUGGCCCUCACCCUCCUUAACUUCUUCAUAACGGAGUACACUCCCCGGAAUCUGUACUUCCUGCACACGCUCACCUGGCUGCUCAACAUGUUCGGCAUCUUCUUUAUUCUGGCUGCCCAUGAGCACUACUCCAUCGAUGUGUUUGUGGCCUUCUACAUCACCUCUCGCCUCUUUCUGUACUAUCAUACUUUGGCUAACAAUCGGGCUCUGAUGCAGGGCGACUCGAAGCGGACGCGGGUCUGGUUCCCAAUGUUCAGCUACUUCGAGAGCAGUGUAGACGGAAUGGUGCCCAAUGACUUCGACACGGUGGGCUCGCUUAUAACCGGGAUCCUGAACCAACUGCUGAAGGGCAAGGACCAGUUGAUAUUGCUCGCCAAGCGUGAUUGGUCGGACGGAUCAGUGGAUUCCGCAACAUCGAACCAAAUGUUUGGAAUCGAUUCGGACAUCCAUGUGCUCGGCUAUGGGCCCAACGCCACGUUCUUCACCCCCAACCAGACGGCUGCCGGACUCAGUCGCCACAACAGUCAAACGCAUCUGAAUGCCAAGGCUACCCAGAACCCGGGUCCUGCACCUGCGCCGGCGAAUCUGCAGAAUUCGCAGGCUCAGAAGCGUACCUUUCGGGAUGUAAGCUUGGACCCGUUCUCCAGGACAUCCGUGGCGGCUAGUCCGGAUCUGGCCAAGGAAAAGAAGCUGCUCUGAUCGAAUCACUACACCUCUAUCGAAUCGCUCUUCCACAUCAGUUUUUUUUUCUUAAAAAAAAAAGCAGAAGAAACAUGCCGAAAUCAACAACACCGACUGAUAUUUUUAUUUCAAAAUUUCCAUUUUUCCCCCUCCCAGUUUUCCUUAUGCUCCCUUUUUUUUCUUAGUGUAUGUAUGCCUUCAAUCAUUCGUAGUGCCUUCCGGGUAUUCUUCCCCUCCACAGUCUACAGUCUACAGCCUACAGCCUUUAGUUGAAAAAUUCUCGCCGGGAGACGCUUUAAAAAUCGGGCUGAUUAAUGAAAGAUGAUAUAUAGUAUCCCUCCUCAUUCCGUUCAAGUUGACAUUUUGAACUAAAUGUAUUUAUUAUUGAAGACUUUUAAUGCAUUAUUAUGUAAUUGUAAGCAUGUGAAACAAGUGUAUCUUUUAGUUAGCGUUAAGUUUGAAAACGUUUUUGUUUGAAACGCACAAAAAAAUUCAAUAAAUCGAAAUGAAUAUUCUCAGAA